AUGUCGACCUGGCCACCGCAACCUGCGAAAACCCGUACAAGGGGAGCUAUUCACCCUUUUGAUUCCAUUCGUGGUGUCGCAAGCUCCAGCAGAUCGAAUGAGGAAAGUGACAAGGCUGUAGACUUUGAAGACGACCAGGAUUCAGAAGAUAAUGACAGUAUCGAGGAAAAACUAGGAGACACGAAUGAAGGCACUACUCAGAGUGAUCUUCCUGGCCGCAUCUUAGACGUUCAAACGUCAGACCAAAUUUCGACGUUCAGCGGUGCCCCAGUCUUACCACGAGUCUCGCUUGAUCCAGGACAGAUCUACGACGGUUCACAUGGGACCCUCACGAGCAAAAUUUGGCCGGCUCAUCAAAAACAUCCAGAAGAGGCAAAGGAAGAGAAAUCUCAUUUGCUCAGCAAAUUGACCAUAUCGCGGGACCAGACAGAGGCCAGCAACUUUGAUAACGAGAGGCUCUUGGCAAUUACCUCCGAGAAAAUCACGGACCAAGUUGCUAGGGAUCAGGACUAUCAGAUUUACCUGGCGAUGCUGGAGCAACAGAGGAACAGUCGGCUACUCAUGGCGCGACGAAAACAGAACACUUUAGAUUCUGGCAUCUCAGAUCCAUAUUACCCCGGACGCUUUAACUUGAAGGGCCCUCUUGAUACUGGUCUCGACUCAGAGCCGGAUCCCGGACCCCAACAACCUCCAAUGGACGUGCGACACUUUUACCCAAAUUAUUCCACGGCGGAGACGCUACAAGCUCACAGUGAGACCGGUGAUUCCGAGCUCGUUGAUAGACUACUGAAAAGGAUUGAAGAAUUGGAGAAAGGCACCAAGAAAUUGGAGAUUCUAUCAGGCCAAGGAUCCAGGCCUUCCCGCUUCCAGAUCCUUCACUUGUUGGAUAAUGAUGAAAAAGUCGUAUGCCUCCAAGAGCCCACUUGGACCUUUGGGGAGGAUUUUAGGCUUCAGCUCAAAGCUGAGUUACCCUUAGUCGAUCUGGCCACUCAUCUCCGGAAGAAUGACGAUAUCUCUUUCUUGGUUUACAAGUCGUAUGCGACACCAAGAGUUAGCACCACAGAACUGGCGGAAAGCUUGGAGGCAGGCGUGCUACCUACCCCUGAACCAUCGCACGAGUUCAUCCAGAUAUUGUCCGAAGAGCUGCGCGUGGCUUUAGAGCAACUUCUUAGCUCCACGCAUUCAGUUUACGAGGAAUACAUUCGCCUCUCUUUGGGGAAAAUAGAAGCCCCCUAUCUGUUUUGGUAUCAUGCCAGAUCAAAAAGCAGGGCUUUUUCGGAUUUACCCCCGAAAGACCGGGAACAGCUGAAGCUACUAGUCGAUUGGAUUGACCAGAAUUAUGCACCAAGGUAUAAACAAUUCGACGAAAUGAUAUCGCGUGGACGCAUAUCCCAUGCAUUUAUGGAGUACCUGUUCUCCACCGGCGAUGUCGUUGUUGAGCAGGAUGGAGAAAAGACAAAGGCUUACCGGUUGCAUGGCGUGCCGAACCUGAAAAGAGUCUACGGACGUGUCCAUCACUCGCAAGCGUUUGAGAAGAUAUCUCGCGCAUAUGAAAGGACAACUAAAAGAGCUCAUGCUAACCAAGCUUGGAAAUGGGACGUUUCAUGUUGGACUAUUGUGUACGAUGGCCAGUUCUGUAGUCGAAGUCACACCCUCACACUCGAACUGAUUGCGGAGAGCCAUGACGAAGAAGUUGACAUUAAUGGGCUUACUAUAGUCCCCCUGCGUGGUGAUAAAGAUGCGUCGCAUACGGAUGGUGAGCGGUACGUAAUCGACAACAAAUCAUACAAGAAGCUUCACGUCGACGCGCAAAAAUCGAGGCAAUCACAAGAGUUCCUGGCAGCUAGUGGCAACAGACAAACAACACCAUUGUUUGUGAAAGAGAUGGAUAAAGAUGAGCCUCCUUCAGCACCCAACAUAUACUUAUUCCCGCCAACCAUCCCGGGUUUCUCGCUACGUCGCAAACUAUGGAGUAUGCACUACUCGGCUGAUCUAAUCGUCGACAAAAUCACCGAUAUUUCAUGGAACAAAGAAGCCUUCAAGCACCUUGUCGCCGAUGACAAGACCAAAGAACUCGUGCAAGCUCUUGUGGCGGAUCGAAUCUCCGGCGACAGAAACACCGACAUCAUACAAGGGAAAGGCAACGGACUGAUUAUCCUUCUUCAUGGAGGCCCAGGCACAGGCAAAACGUUCACCGCAGAGAGCGUCGCAGAGCUAGCCGAAAAGCCUCUUUAUCCUGUUACCUGUGGCGAUAUCGGAACUGAGCCAGAACAUGUUGAAAGAUACCUUGAAUCGGUUCUGUACCUAGGAAACAUAUGGGACUGUGUCGUACUUCUUGACGAGGCUGAUGUCUUCCUCGAGGAACGAGGCAUAGCCGAUUUAGCGCGGAACGCCCUAGUAUCAGUCUUCUUACGGGUGCUCGAGUAUUACGACGGGAUCCUCAUUCUCACCUCCAAUCGCGUCGGCACAUUCGACGAAGCUUUCAAAUCCAGGAUCUCACUUGCUCUCCAUUACCCCAAUUUCACCAAGUCGCAACGAUGCCGUAUUUGGAAGAAUUUCCUAAACCGGCUGAAAGCACUGAAAGAGCCAGACAUCGAUUUCGAUGACAUUGAAUGCAAUGUAUUAGAGCUGGCUGACAAGGAGCUGAAUGGCAGGCAGAUCCGCAACGCGAUCACGAUUGGAAGGCAGCUUGCCAAGUUUCAGAAGAAGGAGUUGUCAUAUGCCCAUCUGAAGCAUGUUGUUGAGGUUGCGGGCCAGUUUGAAACGUAUUUGAAAAGAACCAAGGAGGACCUCUCAGAUGAGCAGAUUGCUCGGCUUCAUGGACGCCGAUAG